CCCAUCCUGCUGGUCACCCUCGUCUUCACCAAGAACUUCGCAGGGGUCCUCAUGACCUGGGAACUUUUGACUUGACGGUGGACGAGCCCAGACACUCAGACACGCCCAGGAUAGGACAGUUCCUGGGCCGCGGGAGAUUCCACACACUCAGAUGCAGGUGUGACCCACAAGUGUCACUCAGGGCACAUGCAGAUGUAUCCUGUUUCUAAGACUACUGGAUCAAACACGCACAAACUUGGUCAUUCAAAACAACAGGACAGCUGUCACAGUCUGGGGACCAAAGUCAUUGGGUUGGAGCCACCCUACUCCAGUGUGACCUGAUCCGGAUCAUAUCUGCAAAGAUCCUGCUUCCAAACAAGGUCAUGUUCACAGAGGAGCCCAUCUACUGCUACACGCCGCACAACUUCACGCGCGACCAGGCGCUGUACGCUCGCGGCUACUGCUGGACGGAGCUGCGGGACGCGCUGCCCGGCGUGGACGCCAGCCUGUGGCCGUCGCUGUUUGAGCACAAGCUGCUGCCCUACUCGCUGCUGGCCUUCGCCGCCAUCAUGUACGUGCCCGCGCUGGGCUGGGAGUUCCUGGCCUCCACCCGCCUCACCUCCGAGCUCAACUUCCUGCUGCAGGAGAUCGACAACUGCUACCACCGCGCCGCCGAGGGCCGCGCCCCCAAGAUCGAGAAGCAGAUCCAGUCCAAGGGGCCCGGCAUCACGGAGCGCGAGCGGCGGGAGAUCAUCGAGAACGCGGAGAAGGAGAAGAGCCCCGAGCAGAACCUGUUCGAGAAAUACCUGGAGCGCCGCGGCCGCAGCAACUUCCUGGCCAAGCUGUACCUGGCGCGGCACCUGCUGAUCCUGCUGCUCAGCGCCGCGCCCAUCGCCUACCUGUGCACCUACUACGCCACGCAGAAGCAGAACGAGUUCACGUGCGCGCUGGGCGCGGCCCCGGGCGGGCCGGCGGGCGCCGCGGCCGUGCGCGUCAGCUGCAAGCUGCCGUCCGUGCAGCUGCAGCGCAUCGUGGCGGGCGUGGACAUCGCGCUGCUGUGCGCCAUGAACCUGGUCAUCCUCGUCAACCUCACCCACCUGUUCAUCUUCCGCAAGAGCAACUUCAUCUUCGACAAGCUGCACAAGGUGGGCAUCAAGACGCGCCGGCAGUGGCGCCGCUCGCAGUUCUGCGACAUCAACAUCCUGGCCAUGUUCUGCGACGAGAACCGCGACCACAUCAAGUCGCUCAACCGGCUGGACUUCAUCACCAACGAGAGCGACCUCAUGUACGACAACGUGGUGCGGCAGCUGCUGGCGGCGCUGGCGCAGUCCAACCACGACGCGACGCCCACCGUGCGCCACGCGGGCGUGCAGACCGCGGACCCCGGCGCCGAGCCCGCCGAGCCCGCCGCGCCGCCCGUCGUCAAGCGGCCGCGCCGCAAGAUGAAGUGGAUGCCGGGCGGCAACCCGCUGCCGCAGCCCUUCAAGGAGCCGCUGGCCAUCAUGCGCCUGGAGAACAGCAAGGCCGACAAGCCCAAGCCCGUGCGCCGCAAGACGGCCACCGACACGCUGAUCGCGCCGCUGCUGGACGCGGGCGCGCGCGCCGCGCACCACUACAAGGGCGGCGGCGGCGACGCGGGGCCCGCCCCCGACAAGAAGCACGCGCGCCACUUCUCGCUGGACGUGCACCCCUACAUCCUGGGCACCAAGAAGGCCAAGCCCGAGGCCGUGCCCGCCGCGGCCCUGCCUGCCUCCCGGAGCCAGGAGGGGGGCUUCCUGUCCCAGGCGGAGGAGUGCCCCCUCGGCCUGGCCGCAGCACCCACCAAAGAUGCUCCGCUGCCCGAGAAGGAAAUCCUGUACCCAGCAGAGCCAGCCCGGGCCUCGCUUCCUCCCGGGGGCCCGUUUCACGUCUGCUCGCCCCCCGCGGCCCCCGCCACGGCCCCUCUGUCGCCAGCCAGCCUGGGCAAGCCUGACCCCCUGGCUAUCCUGAGCCGCAACGCCACGCACCCGCUGCUGCACAUCAGCACACUGUACGAAGCCCGGGAGGAGGAGGACGGGGGCCCCCGGGCUCCCCCGGACGUGGGCAGCCUCAUCGCUAUCCCCCCGCCCCAGCAGAUGCUCAUCGCCACCUUCGACGAGCCGAGGACAGUAGUGAGCACUGUGGAGUUCUGAGGGGCAGGGCUGCCUGGCCGCCACGGACCCUCCGCAUGCCCCAGCAGAGCCGCUGACCGCAGCCCCGCGUGGACGUGGCCUCUGCUUUGCCCAGCGCCGCCCGCACCUCCUGGCCUCCUGUCCGCAUGCCAUGGGGCCGAGCACCUUGCCCACCCAGCCCCCAAGACAGCAUCACCGGGGUGCCGGCUGGGCCAGGGGCUGGCCUCGACCCCAGCGGAGCCCCCAGCCAGAAAGGCCUGGAGCCUUCCCCCCCGCCC